AUGGAGUUCCCCACUCUUCUCCCCGACGACCCGGGGCUUUUCAGCGAGCGUUACUCGGUGUCAGGAACUCCGCUCAAUGUCACGUUCUCCGAGGAGCUGCUGCUGCUGCCUGCCAGGAGCAACCGGACCAACGGGGCUGCAGCCAGGGACACUUCAAGUCUCAUCAUCGCCGUGUGCAUCACGACUCUGUACUCGCUCAUCUGUGUGGUGGGACUGCUGGGAAACGUGCUCGUCAUGUACGGGGUGGUCAGGUACACCAAGAUGAAGACGGCUACCAACAUCUACAUCUUCAACCUGGCCCUCGCCGACGCCCUCGCCACCAGCACGCUCCCCUUCCAGAGCGCCAAGUACCUGAUGAGCACGUGGCCCUUCGGGGAGCUGCUGUGCAAACUGGUCAUCGGCAUCGACUACUACAACAUGUUCACCAGCAUCUUCACGCUCACCAUGAUGAGCGUGGACCGCUACAUCGCUGUGUGUCAUCCGGUGAGGGCCCUGGACUUCCGCACGCCCGCCAAGGCCAAGCUCAUCAACGUCUGCAUCUGGAUCCUGUCCUCUGUGGUCGGAGUGCCUGUGAUGAUCGCUGCUGUGACCAAGGUGACGGAUAAAGGAGCCACCGCCUGUACACUCCGAUUUCCCAAACCUGAGUGGUACUGGGACACAGUGAUGAAAAUCUGCGUGUUCAUAUUCGCCUUCGUCGUUCCCGUCCUGGUCAUCACCAUCUGCUACGGCCUGAUGAUCCUGCGGCUCAAGAGUGUCCGCCUCCUCUCCGGCUCCAAAGAGAAAGACAGGAACAUGCGGCGGAUCACCCGCAUGGUCCUGGUGGUCGUGGCGGCCUUCAUCAUCUGCUGGACCCCCAUCCACAUCUUCAUCAUUGUCAAGACAAUGGUGGAUAUUGACCACAAGGACCCCCUGGUAGUGGCCAGCUGGCAUCUGUGCAUCGCUCUGGGCUACACCAACAGCAGCCUCAACCCCGUGCUGUACGCCUUCCUGGACGAAAACUUCAAGAGGUGCUUCAGGGACUUCUGCCUGCCCUACCGCACCCGUCUGGAGCAGAGCAGCUUCACUAGAGCGCGCAACAGCACGCGGGAGCCGGCCUCCAUUUGUUCUCCCGCGGUGACAGAGAGACCGCCGGCCUGA